AUGGCUCCACAUAGUUUGUUGCCUCCACUGUCCUCAGUUUGCUUUGAAGACAAACUCAAAUUCUCUGCAAGUCAGAAACUUUCUGUUGCAAGAAGCAAAUGGUUCACACUCUCUGAGGCUGAGAGUCAAAGCGACGUGUGGAGCAUCAAGCCACCGGACUUCUCUCUUAAACUGUACACAUCUCUGUCAGUGCCUCAAAAGACAGAAAGAAAGACACAUUCAGGUCUAGCUGUACCUCCACCUGAUGAAACAAAGAGGAGAACUGGAAUAUUUCGAGCAAAGCUUUUACAUGAGAGUUACCAAAGAGAGGAUCCCCCAAAGUUCAUCACAUCAUACAGGCCUCCUGAUGCUCUGGAAUCUGAGCUGAUGUUUGUCAAGACAGGAAAGUACCAUUCUGGGCCGUACAAGAACCCCAAACCACAUAACUUCAGACCGCUUGAUGAGGACCUUCCAGGCAUCGUUACUACAUAUGAGAGAGAUCCUGGUAACCUCAAUUUAAAAUUAAAGCACUUGGACAUCAUUGGGACCACCAGAUCUGAGUCAGACUUUCGAUCAAGGGACGUCAAGACAAGAAUGGACACCCAUAAAUCUGCACAGCCCAAAUGGGAUGCAAGGCUCAUACUCCCUCAGCCACCCUGGCCUCCGAAAUCAGCCUCCUAUUCUAGACAUCGACGAAGAAGAGGAGCGUACAGCGCUUUCUUGGACCGUGUGGAGGACAAACUCUCAAGAUCAUGGAAAAAAAGAUCCUGA